UGCAUGAUAUUUGAGUCAUGAAGAUUACAGACAGUAAUGUGAUCCGGUUCCACCUUCAAGUCCUCUAUGGGAUAACUGUGAAGAGCUCGGAGAAGAGAAAGGAGCGACUGUUCAUCGGCGGCACAAAGAUCUUUGGCGUUCCUCUAGAAAAUGUGCCCAGGCAAUACAUCCCCGAGUUUGGACUCGUGCCCUGUUUUUUGGUGGACGCUUGCUCGUUUCUCCUGGAGCGUGCUGGGACUGUGGGCCUGUUCAGAAAACCAGGCUCUCUUCCUCGCAUCAAGAAGCUCAGGGCCAAGCUGAACAGUGGCGAGGGGGGUCUGUCGGCGGCCAUCUCCUACGACGUGGCCACUCUCAUCAAGCAGUUCUGCAGGGAGCUGCCGGAGCCUCUGUUUCCCGCCGAGCUCCACGAGGCUCUGCUCAGGGCCCGGUCGCUGUCCGUCGCGCAGGACAGGACCUCGGCCCUCCAGCUGCUGUCCUGUCUGUUGCCUGCCAGAAACUCCUCCUGUCUGCACUACCUGUUCAACUUCCUCUCCAAAGUUUCCCAGAGGUGCACUGAAAACCUGAUGACCAGCUCCAACCUGGCUACAGUCUUUGUUCCGUGUCUUUUACCUCCUCCCAACAAGGCCGAGAUGUCUGAGGGGCGACUGGAACUCAGAGUGCUCGUCCUGCGCACCUUCAUUGACAGUCCCCAGUUGUUUGGCGUGAUUCCCAAGGCUGUGAUGGACAGCAUGGAAUUUCUGAUGAACUUCGACUUUCCGAAAAAUGCUCCUUCAAAGAAAGGUCAUAGAAAGAGACAUAGUUUAAAAGCGACGCGGCCUGUGAAGACGGUGCCCUGGAUUCAGGGGAGGUCAAAGGCCACGCCUGCCGUCCCUGAGCAGAGCCAGGGGUCCACACCAGGAGGCAGACCCGCCCUCAGGAGAAGCCUCGGCUUGGAGACUUUCCCCAACGUCCUGCUGUUCAGGACUUGUAUGCCUUGUACAGAACAAGGUUUGAGUCCUGCAGAGGCCUGCUGCAAAACACCGCAACAGAGACUCGGAAGCGAUCUGCGUUUGGGCCAUUUCCCCCGGUUGACCAGAGGGCAAGGAGAGGACAGCUUGCCUGCGCUCACUGGCGUGGGGAAGCUGCAGCUCAUGCCCUGGAGAAGACCCUCAUAUUCGUCUGCGUGUCUUUCCUCGUCCCCUCCGCAGAUGACAGAGAUGUGCUCGGCGGUGCGCCUGUCGUUGCUCGGCCUCCUGCUGUGUCUGCAGCUCGGCAGGGCUCCGGCGCGCAGCCCGCGCACGGCGGACCAGGUGUCCGAGGCCGACAUCCAGCGCCUCCUGCACGGCGUCAUGGAGCAGCUGGGCAUCGCCCGGCCCAGGGUGGAGUAUCCAGCACACCAGGCCACCAACAUCGUGGGGCCGCAGAGCAUCCAGGGGGGUGCACACGAGGGGCUGCAGCACCUCGGCCCUUUCGGAAACAUCCCGAACAUCGUGGCCGAGUUGACGGGCGACAACGUCCCCAAAGACUUCAGCGAUGACCACGGAUACCCGGACCCUCCGAACCCCUGUCCCCUGGGGAAGACGGAGGCAGACGGUUGUUUGGAAAACGCUCCGGACACCGCCGAGUUCAGCAGGGAGUUCCAGAAACACCAGCACCUAUUUGACCCGGAGCACGACUACCCAGCCCUGGCCAAGUGGAACAAGGAGCUUUUGUACCAAAAAUUGAAGGGAGGACCGAAAAGAAGAAAAAGGAGCGUCAACCCAUAUUUAAUGGGCCAGAGGCUGGACAACGUGGUCGCCAAGAAAUCUGUUCCUCACUUCUCUGAGGAAGAGGAGGAGGAAGCACCACCGACCGUCUCCGCUGCCACCAAAUCCACCACCUAAACUCCUGCACCCGCAGCCCUCUCUGUAAUAUUAAAGUAUAUACUCUCAGAUACAAGAUUUUAACACCACAUACUCAAGCAUUUUGGCAUAGCAAUCAAUUUAAUGGCGAAUCCACUGGACUGAAAUAAGGAAUGGUAAAAUAAAGGCAAGAUGAGCAAUUUGAAA